UGCCUAUGAGGACAGAAUGUCAGGGCGCAAAGAGCAGCAACACGACCUGGUGCUCAUUACAGAACUGGAGCUCAUUUUAGAUUCCUGCACACUGGAGCUGACUGCAGUGGAUGAAGUCUGGCCCAGCCUGUACAUCGGAAACAUAGCUAUAGCACAAAACAAAAAGGCUUUAUCUAAGCUGGGCAUCACUCACGUCUUGAACGCCGCUCACUCCAAGCAAGGUAGCAUCGGUGAUGAAAGAUUUUACGGCAACGCUUGCGUUUACUGUGGGAUACCAGGAGAAGACUCGGACCACUUUGAUCUGAGCCAGUACUUCAAACCUGCAGCUGACUUUAUCCAUGAAGGACUGAAGUGUGAUCACGGAAAAGUGCUGGUGCAUUGCAUUAUGGGUAUGAGCCGUUCUGCCACUUUGGUGCUGGCCUAUCUGAUGAUACGGCAGCGGCUGUCUCUUCAGGAUGCUCUGAAGCAUGUCGUCCAAAAGAGAGCCAUUUACCCUAAUAGAAACUUUCUGAUGCUCCUUCACAAGUUGGGUGAACAGCUGGCAUUCAAAAGGAAGCUGUGUCCCUUACUGUGACACCUCCUCAAGGUCGCUCGCUCAAAAGAACAUUAUAAGCAUCGCAGAGUGUAUGAUGAUGCUUAUGACCUUCAAAUAAGGUAAUAAUAUACCUUAAAAUAUGAAUUACCUUGUAUUUAAAAUUGAUGAUCAGGGCAAUUACAUUUUUUAAUUCAUUCAUUCAUUCAUUCAUUCAUUUUCUACCGAUUUUUCCUCACGAGGGUCGCGGGGGGUGCUGGAGCCUAUCCCAGCUGUCUUCGGGCGAGAGGCGGGGUACACCCUGGACUGGUCGCCAGCCAAUCACAGGGCACAUAUAGACAAAAAAACAUUCAUAUGGACAAUUUGGAGUCACCAAUUAACCUAGCAUGUUUUUGGAAUGUGGGAGGAAACCGGAGUACCCGGAGAAAACCCACGCAUGCACGGGGAGAACAUGCAAACUCCACACAGAGAUUGAAUUGAAUUGAACCCUGGUCUCCUAGCUGUGAGGUCUGCGCGCUAACCACUCGACCGCCGUGCCGCCCUACAUUUCUAAAUUACAUUUUUUUAUUAUUAAGGGAGAAAAAAAAUCCAAACCUACGUACAUGGCACUGUGUGCCCCCUAAAGCCUUAAGACACCCUUAGCAGCAACAACUGCAAUCAAGUGUUUGUGAUAACUUGCACUGGAGGAUGGCACACUCAUCUUUGCAGAAUUGUUGACGUUCAGCCACAUUGGAGGCUUUUCCAGCAUGAAGCACCUUUUUAAAGUCAUGCCACAGCAUCUCAAUAGGAUUCAGGUCAGGACUUUGACUAAGCCACUCCAAAAAUCUCCAUUUUGUUGUUCUUCAGCUAUUCAGUGGUUUGUUUUGGAUCAUUGUCCUGCUGUAGAACCCAGGUCAGUUUCAGCAUGAGGUCACCAACAGAUGGCUGGACAUUUUCCUUCAGGAUUGUUUGCUAGACAGCAGAAUUCAUGGUUCCUUUUGUCACAGCCAAUCUUCCAGGUCCUGAAGCAGCAAAACAGUCACAGAGCAUCACACUACCACCGCCAUAUUUGUACUGUUAGUAUGAUGUUCUUUUUUUGAAAUGCGGCGUUACUUUUACGUCAGAUGUAAUGGGACACACUUUACUCAUCAGACCACACGGUAUCUCCCCAAAUGUCUGGGGGAUCAUGAAGACAUUUUCUGGUAAAAUUGAGACCAGAUUUAUAAUGUUUUUGUUUAGCAAUGUGUUUUUGUCUUGGAACUCUGACAUGCAGCCCUUUCUUAUGGAGUCAUAAACGCUGACCUUAACUGAGGCAGUUCCUUAGAAAUUCUUGUGGGGUCUUUUGUGACAUCUUUGAUGGGGCGUCGCUGCAGUCUUAAUUUUGAUUAGUACUACUGGGAAGGUUCACAACUAUUCCAUGUUUUCACCAUUUAUGGAUAAUGGCUCUCACUGUGGUUUGCUGGAGUCCCAAAGCUGUUGUUUGAUGAUCUGAAACAUUUACUAAGUGUGACAAAGACUUUUUCACACCACUGUAUGUGUCCUAUGAUUGACCAGGCAGCUCUUUAAUGACAGGAGCCAAUCAUAAACCCAGCUGUGUUGAUCAAAUGAGUUCUCCCUAACAGCACAUCUGGGUGUUUACCUUAGCAGAUCUGAGGAAGAUUUCAAUUCAACGCAGCCAAAAAUCCUGUCAGCUUCGACCACUAUGCUCAUGUUGUACACAUUUCAAAUACAUUGUAGUAUGUAUUAUUUUCUAUAGCAGGUCUGUGCAAAGGUUUUGGGUUACCAUUGUCUUUGUUGUUGUUGUCAUUUUUUUCAGAGAAGUGAAUUGCGUAUUAUUUUGGGCAGUAAGAAGCAGGGCUAUCAAAAAUAGUGUGUUAACAGUGGUAACAAAUUUAUUUAGUUAAUUAUGUUAAAUUCCUUAGAAUAAUUCAUGGAUAUGCAUGAUGGCAAGCCAUGCCUCUCUGGAUGAUGACAGACUGAGGCAUAGUAUGGAAAGUAUGGAAAGCAGGAAGUGAACAAAUGUAACAGUUACUGAUUGUAAAAGUACCAGAUGGAGGGGUAGGAUUUAAUAAGCUUUGCUUCUUCCUACUCCUUUUGGACAUGUGGAACUGAGAACUGAUUAUGGGAUGCACUCAAUUGUAAUCUGAUGCAUGUUCAAAUGAAAUAAAACCAUCACCAUUGCUAUAGUAUACCCCCCGCCCCCAGAGUCACACAGAGUAUUGUGCUCUCUUAUAAUUGUAUUUUGACUUGAACACAUCAACAGCAGUGCAAUUCCAACGCCAUAUAUGUAUCUGAAACAAGGACGUCUCUAGUUUGCUUACACAGGAAAUAAAACCUUA